AUGGACAUUUCUUCCUUGUCUAACUUCAUCAAGUGCUGCAAGACCUGCUGGAAAUUUCUCGAAAUUGCAAACUCCGACCCCCCUAAAUUGGGCCACCAAGUAUAUCCAGCAUUUGAUCCAGAUUGCCAAUUUUGCCAGGUGCUAUCCCCAGUUGCUGCCAUAUAUCUUCGGCCGACCCAAGACUUCACAGUCUUUGUCAUACGGGACGACUUGACCAACUUGACCAACGAGAUACGGUGCAGGAUUGAGCCAAAGAUUAGCGCAGUGAAUAGGACUGAGGGCAUAGCAGAGUACCUGCUAUAUACAGUUGAGCAAGAAUGCCGUCCUUUCUCUUGUCUAGCUGCCUAUCCAACGCGUGUUGGCCUUGAUACUGCUAUCCCUUUCAUCAAGGCGAAUUUACACGAAUGUGCCAGAGAUCACAAAUCUGCUUGCAGUCCGCAAGGUCGCCAACGCCUACCCAAGCGCCUUGUUCACAUCGGGUUAGAUGAUUCGGAUAUUGCACUCGUCGAGCCUACUGAGGACAGCCAGGACUGUUAUGCAACACUCAGCCACUGCUGGGGGACUACACGUCCAUUACAGACCACCAAGUCGAACAUUACGGACAUGUUAGCCGGCAUACCGAAGAAUAGGCUUCCCAUCGUUUUCUCUCAGGCUAUCUCUCUAGCGCGUGAUUUAGACAUACCAUACAUAUGGAUUGAUUCGUUGUGUAUCGUUCAAGAUGAUCUGACGGACUGGGAAAUCGAGUCAGCCAAAAUGCACCAAUACUACUCACAAACCUUUCUCAAUAUCUCAAUAGCGUCAUCUCCUAACCCAAGGACUCCAUUUCUGACAGAUCGAGACCCUAUAUGGAUACCCUUCUCAUUCACUGCCCAGACCGCCGUCGCGACACAGCGCUUCUAUGCGAGACGAGUACCACUUCUAUACGGAGGUAGUCGGGCAGACGAGGGCGGGGACUUAUUCACGAGAGCCUGGGCCUUCCAAGAAGCAGCUCUUGCUCCACGCUCCAUUCAUUUUGCUCGCGACGACCUGAUAUGGGAAUGCCGCAAAGACUACAAGGGACAGCAUGCUGCUCCGACCGGCCUUGCAUGCCACGGUUCCAUCAAUAACCUCACACAAUUGUCAGAUUUAUGGGUUUAUGCCGACUUUGAGGAUCUCCAAUCCUUCAUCCCUGCUGAGGCGAAGUGGCAUAGCAUAGUUCAGAGUUAUAGCAGACGAGAUCUGACAUUCGCCCAGGAUAGACUGCCAGCCAUCGGUGGCAUGGCGGCUGAGUUCGCCCUGCUCGCCAAUCCGGGCCCUUAUCUCUGUGGCCUUUGGGGUGGCGAAUCUCUGCCACAUGAUCUGGCUUGGGAGAUUGAUCCGAUCUUCGACGACAAUUAUGUGUUGCCAUACCAACCUUCGGAGUAUAUAGCACCAUCAUGGUCCUGGGCUUCAAUUUUGCAGCCGGUGACCUGGGGCACUUACGCACACUUCACGUCGAAGGCAACCAUUGUUGCGGCCACUUGCGAUAAGUCCGGGUCAAGCACCUAUGGGAGGGUCAGCGAUGGCAGGCUGACUCUUAGAACGUCCGCCGUAUGUCGGGAGCUAUCUAUUGAUGACACGGCCCAGGUCGGCCCAUACACAUAUUACCAUUUGGAUGGAUUUGAAUGGUUCAUACCCGACUGCGUGUUGGAAGGGAACGGAGAAAACGUGAACCGUGCGGCAGCCCCGGGAACCCCGUUGUACCGGCCGCCGCCAACAUUCGCUGAGACACAAGCAUACAUGGUUUGGUGCGUCCUACUUGGGGCCCUCAAGCCAGAGCGCGAGCUCGAUUCAGACCAGUCCCCCCUAGUCACACCUUCAUCAGAGCUGCGCGUCAUUGUUUUGGGCAGGACCGGUGAUGUCUACGUCCGACUUGGCUGCGCGGGCCCCCCGCUCGAGAGCUCACUUUUUGAGGAUGCAUCAACAAUGGAAUUUACUAUCGUCUAA